GGCGGUGGGGGCGGACAGCGGGCGGUGAGGGGCAGCUCCCGCGGCGUCCGGACAGCGACAGGGACCGACAUCGGCACUGACAACACCGGCAGAGGAGCGGGGCAGGCACCGGACGGGCACCGGCGGUACCGGCAGAGGAGCGGGGCAGGCACCGGACGGGCACCGGCGGCACUGGCAGCUCCCGAGCCGCAGCGCCCCGCACCGGCAGCAUGGCCGAAGAUCUGGUGCUGGAGACGUGGGACCUGCACUGCGACCGCAACGGGCGGGAGCACCGCACGGCGGCCAUGGGCUGCGGGCAGCUGGUGGUGCGGCGGGGACAGCCCUUCGCCAUCACCCUGCGCUUCUCGGGCCGUGCCUACGACGAGGCCGUGGACAAACUCUCCUUCAACGUGGAGACCGGACCCUUCCCCAGUGAGACAUCAGGAACCAGCUCCCACUUUGUCAUGACUGACUGCCCAGAGGAGUCGUGCUGGAGUGCUGUGAUCCAGCAGCAGGAGGGGGAGUCCCUUUCUGUGUCACUCUGCUCCCCAGCCAACGCUUGCAUCGGCCGCUACAGGCUGACCCUGGAGACCUGCACCGACUACCAGGGCUCCAGCUACCAAAUCGGGGACUUCAUCCUGCUCUUCAACCCCUGGCACCCAGAGGACACAGUUUUCAUGCGUGACGAGAACGAGCGACGUGAGUACGUCCUGUCCCAGGAUGGGCUUAUCUACCAGGGCACCUGUGAUUACAUCUACUCCAUCCCCUGGAACUUCGGCCAGUUUGAGGAUGAGGUCUUAGCCAUCUGCCUCAACAUGCUGGACAUAAACCCCAAGCACCUGCGGGAUCAGAACCAGGACUGCUCGCGCCGCAAUGACCCCGUGUACAUCGGCAGGGUGGUGAGCGCCAUGGUGAACUGCAAUGACGAGGACCGAGGAGUGCUGUUUGGGCGGUGGGACAACUGCUACGACGAUGGGAUGAGCCCCAUGGCUUGGAUUGGGAGUGUGGAUAUUCUCAAGAGGUGGAAGAAGUUUGGAUGCCAGCCAGUCAAGUACGGCCAGUGCUGGGUCUUUGCUGCUGUGGCGUGCACUGUCAUGAGGUGCCUGGGAAUCCCCAGCCGGGUGGUGACCAACUACAACUCAGCCCACGACACAAAUGCCAACCUGACCAUUGACCGCUACGUCAACGAGAAUGGGGAGCAGGAGAGGCAGUCCUGGGACAAGAUCUGGAACUUCCACUGCUGGCUGGAGUCGUGGAUGGCCCGUCCGGACCUGGCAGCUGGCUACGAUGGGUGGCAGGUGCUGGACCCGACGCCUCAGGAGAAGAGUGAAGGAAUUUACUGCUGUGGGCCUGCCCCCGUCAAAGCCAUCAAAGAGGGUGACAUGCUGCUCAAGUACGACAUCCCCUUCAUCUUCGCGGAGGUGAACGCUGACGUGGUGUACUGGGUGGUGCAGGGCGACGGGAUGCAGAAGCAGAGCAUCCGAUCCUCAGACGUGGGGAAGAACAUCAGCACCAAGAGCAUUGGCAGGGACAGCCGGGAGGACAUCACCCACAACUACAAGUACCCAGAGGGGUCUGAGGAGGAGCGGGCAGUGUUUGAGAAGGCAGAGCAUCAGAAGAAGUCCAUCGGGGAGGAGGAUGAGGGGCUGCACCUCAGGAUCAAGGUCUCAGAGGGCGCAAACAAGGGCAGCGACUUCGACGUCUUUGCUGUCGUCACCAACAACACAGACGAGGAGCGCGUCUGCAGGGUGACGCUGUGCGCCCGCGCCGCCAGCCACAACGGCACCCUCGGGCCCCAGUGCGGCCUCACGGACCAGGUGGACAUGGACAUUGAGCCCAGGGCAGAGAAGAGGGUGCCCCUGCGCAUCCUGUACGAAGAGUACAGGGACAAACUGACCCAGGACAACCUCAUCAAGGUGGUCGCUCUCCUGAAGGAUCACCAGACUGGCGACAUCAUCGUAGCUGUCAGGGACAUUUAUGUUGAGAAUCCACCGAUCAAGAUCAGGAUUUUAGGAGAGCCAAUGCAGAAUCGGAAGCUGGUGGCAGAGAUCAGCCUGGUGAACCCUCUCACAGUGCCCCUGAACGGCUGCGUGUUCGUGGUGGAGGGCACCGGCCUCACCGAGGGGCAGCUGGUCAAGGAGCUAGAGGAGCCGGUGGAGCCGCAGGCGGAGGCCAAAUUCCGGAUGGAUCUGAUGCCGCGGCUGACGGGGCUACAGAAGCUGAUGGUGGACUUUGAGAGUGACCAUCUGACGGGGGUCAAGGGCUACCGCAACGUCAUCAUCGCACCCCAGCCCAUGUGAGCAGCUGCCAGGACCCCUCAGCUGCAGAACCCUGCCUCGCUGGCCCCACCCGCUUUAGCCCACGAUGGUCCCAGAGGGGCGACUGCCAGAGCCCGGCCUGACCCCCACACGGCGGCAGCGAUGUCAGCCACGCUCCUCCCCGGGGCACAGGCGGGAUAAAGGGGCUGGAGAGGUCUGGGGGCUGCUGUGGCAGUCACUCCCUUCACUGCUGUUCUCCCAGUCUGUGGAGUGGAAACAUCCAUGUGCUGUCUGUCCCCCAGCACUGGGCACACCGGGACUGCCGUGCCAGCCCCUCUUUGCAGUGCUGGCAGCCCCAGCCCACAGAGCCAUUUCCAUAGAGGCAGCAGCACAACAACCCCUCCAGCCCCUGCCAUCAUCAUCCUCUGACUGCAGCUCCAUAGAGAGAGAUUUUAUACUGUGAGCACAAAGCUGUUUAUGCACCAUAUACCUAUAAAACAAAUCUAUAAAUACUUACUGCAAAUAACCUGCUUGGGUAGAGCCAGGCAUUGCCUCAAUAACCAUCCUAGCACUGCAGGCACUGCAGGGAGGGAUGGGACAUACCUUGAUAUGAAUCAAUUACACAAACGCUGAAUAAAAACUCUAUUUUUAACUUUAAAA